CCAGUUAACCCGCUCUGUUCAAUUGUACGGAGUAGUCCAGGUAUACUUCCCCAGCCCAUUCGCUUACCCACCGCUUCCUUCUCAAGUAGCUGUGGGUGAUGUAUGUAAAACGUUUUCCGAUCAACGGUUUCUCUGGAGAUUACGGGGCACCCACGUUCUCACACUUGAUAUAUAAGACCAUGACUUGCAGCUCAGCGAAUCAAUCCUGUAGUCUAUAACAGCACUCGACUCUGCAGCAAUCACAAACAUGCCGUCUUACAAGAUGUUUGGGACUGGACACAGUCUUCGGCUGGCCAUCUCCGUGGCUUGCGACAUGGCUUUUAUCCUUUUCGGCUACGACCAAGGUGUGUUUGGCGGCGUCGUCAGCAAUGAACACUUUUGCAAUGGCUUGGAUCAUUGUGAGUAUCCUGGCUACAACUCAGCUAAUAUUGUAGGUGCUGCGCUACAGACCAGCGCGAAGAGUACACCCCACAUGAUGAUUGGAAGAUACAUCACGGGAAUUGGAACUGGCAUCGAAACCUCGACAGUCCCAAUGUACCAAGCAGAGCUCUGUGAAGCCAGCAAAAGAGGUCGCCUACUCUGCUCCGAGGUCUUUUUCGUGGCCUUUGGAAUCGUCGUCGCCUAUUUCUUCAAUUACGGAAUGGCAUAUGUCGGUAAAGAAAACCCUGGCAACUGCCCGUGGGAUUUCAGAUUACUGCUCGUGUUUGGCCUUCCAGAAAGUCCUCGGUACUGCUACAAACUCGGUCGAAACGAAGAGGCCCUUCGGAUCCUAUGCGAAGUAUAUGAAAAGUCACCUGAUGACCCAAUGAUUGUCCAGGCACAGCAAGAUGUCUUGGAAGUCAUCGCCAUGGAAACUGAACACGGCCAAUACAAGUGGAGAAACAUUUUCAAAGCCGACAAGGUGAAGACUGGACGACGAGUGCUUCUUGCGUACGGAAUUCAAUUCAUGCAGCAGUGGACUGGGAUCAACAUCGUUGUGUACUUCAUCAGCACUGUCCUUCAGGUCAAUGUUGGAUUGAGUCGCCAGCUAUCUCUAGUGCUGGGUGGAUGCAUCAACCUCACAUUCAUGAUCGGCUCCUUGUUUCCGACCUUUUUUAUCGACCGAUACGGUCGCCGAAGACCUUUGAUGUGGGGUUUCGGCGGGCUCGGUAUAUCUAUGCUGUUGAUUGCUGUGCUUCUCAGCUUCAAUGGCCAUGCGAACGAGCAUGCGACUUCUUCCGCCGCCGUGGCGUUUUUUUUCUCCUAUAUGCUGGCAUUUGGUAUGUCUCUCAACUGCAUUCCAUGGUGCUACGGGCCUGAAAUCCUGCCACUCCACGCUCGUGCCAAGGGAGGAGCCAUCGGCAUCUCGAGCAACUGGCUAUGGAACUUUGUGGUCGUGGAAAUCACCCCGACCAUCAUCGAACACUUACAAUGGAAAGCCUAUCUAAUCUUCACCGUCACCAACCUGGCCUUUAUCCCAGUGGUCUAUUUCUUCUAUCCUGAAACUGCACAACUGACUCUCGAAGAGGUCGACCUGGUCUUCCUGGAUGGUGGAGACAGUGCCGUCAAGAAGUCUCUGAAUAUGGUUCAAGCUCGCAAGACAUAUGGCCGACGGGAAAGCAUGAUUCUUCACCCGGAAAUUCGAACAGAGGCUCAAGAGGAGCCCGCUAGCCAUAUCGAGGUCAAGUGAGUCGGGGAACGCUAGCGAGAAGACCAAUAUUAGAAUAGCAGUUCAUCGAGUACCGUGGGACGAUGUGUGGUGAGUUAGAGCGGUGCCCAGAUGCCAGGCGGCUUCAUCCUGCCAAGGGGCGUGGUCUCAGAAACAGGAUUCAGACCUCAACAGGUCUGCCAAUGUGGG